AAAGGAUCCCCCCCAGGCAUUUCUGCUGAUCCGGCUUCUCUCUUCUCGUGCGUGUCGUCGUCGUCGUCCUCCGCCGUUGUAUCCGGGUCCGAUCGGACUAGCUCGUCUCGUCUCUGUCGCCGGUGGAUUGGCUAGCUCGCCCUAUAAAUACCCCCGGGCCGCCCAACUCUAGAAGAUUCUUGCCGCAACCGCCAACGGGAUCCCCUCGGAAUCCCCCACGCCCGCCCCCGUUCCCGUUCCGCCGUCGCUUGUAUAAAGACCGCGGGCGUCGGGAUGGCCGUCGCGUAGGCGCGCGGCACAUCGCGGCCGCCGCAGCCAGCUAGGUAGGGAGAUAGACAGAUGGACGACGGCGACAGCCGCAACGGUGUCGAGGAGGAGGAGGAGGAAGGCGCGGGCGAGAGCUCCGGGUCCGGCGGCGGAGGAGGAGGAGGAGGAGCGCACGGGGGGCUGCUCGCCGUCAGGAAGCAGAUUUUCAACCGGCUCCUGGAGAUUGGCCACGAGGAGGCCCUCGCCGACCCCAACUUCGAACGGCUGCUCGACGACCACUACGACCGCCUCCCGCUCAGCUACUCCAUUGAUUUGGACGUGAGCAAGGCGGAGGUGGUGGUGCUGCACCGGAGGAUCCUCGCCGAGUGCGCCGACCCCGACAAGCGCCCCGUCUUCCACGCCAGAUUCUUAGGGUACUUUCAGACUCACGAGGACAACAAACCGCCGGACGCGGCCUCUUCUCCGACAGAAAAUGGCCAUCCUGGACCCUCUGUGGCGUCCAAUUCGAGAGCCGUCGAAAUUAAUGAAGUGAUGGCAGACCUGAGUAUAGAGAGAAGAAGCAAAGGUGUGGCUGACUCUGAGGCCAGUUCUGCAAGGAGGGAUACGGACAUUCGCCUUCAUCAUGAAAUUAUUUUUUCUUCUGUUGACAAGCAAAAGCUCCUUAGUCAGUUAUCUGCGUUGCUGUCUGGACUUGGAUUGAACAUUCGUGAAGCUCAUGUGUUCUCGACAACAGAUUCCUUUUGUUUGGAUGUGUUUGUUGUUGAUGGCUGGGAAACAGAGGAGACAGAUGGUUUGGUGCAGUUGCUGAAGGAGACAGCUUACCGCGAUCACCCCUCGUUAUCCAAUCCAACAAAUUCUACUACCUCUGAGAGGAUACUAGAGCUGCAGGAAAAGAUUGGGGAUUCUGAUAUAGACAGGAAUCUGCUGCAAGUUAAGGACAGGAUUGCAUCUGGAUCUUCCGGUGACUUAUAUCGAGGGACUUAUCUUGAUAUGGACGUUGCAAUAAAGUACCUUAGAACUGAACAUGUUAAUGAUUCUUCGAAAGUAGAAUUUUUGCAAGAAAUAAUGAUUUUAAAGAGUGUUAAUCAUGAAAAUGUUGUUCGCUUUUACGGGGCUUGCACAAAGCAGCGAAAGUAUCUCAUUGUAACAGAGUACAUGUCUGGAGGUAAUCUAUAUGAAUUCCUUCACAAGCAGAACACCACCUUGGAGCUUUCCACGAUUCUUAGGUUUGCUAUUGACAUCUCGAAAGGGAUGGAUUAUUUGCACCGGAAUAACAUCAUUCAUAGAGACUUGAAGACUGCCAAUUUGUUAAUUGGCACCGGUCAAGUUGUGAAGAUUGCAGAUUUUGGUGUCUCUCGUCAACGACCGCAAGAAGGAGAUAUGACUGCUGAAACUGGCACCUACAGAUGGAUGGCACCUGAGGUGAUAAACCAUAACCCUUAUGAUCUUAAGGCAGAUGUCUUCAGCUUUGGUAUUGUUCUAUGGGAAUUGGUCACUUCAAAGUUUGUUCUUGCUAUACAGGUGCCAUAUGAAAAUAUGACACCACUACAAGCUGCAUUGUCAGUAAGGCAGGGAUUUCGCUUGGAGAUCCCCUUAAGCGUGCAUCCGAGAUUGUCUACAUUGAUUCAACGGUGCUGGGGUGUAGACCCUCAUAAGCGGCCUGUUUUCUCCGACAUUACUGCAGAAUUGGAAGGCAUCUUACGGCCUAUUCAGGCCUCCAGUUCCAAAGGAGCCCAUCGAUACUCGAAAACAAAGAUACAAAUGAAAUCACAGCGAUAGGACACCCGGCAUGACCUGGUUCUCUUCCAAAUUAUCAGGCUACGGUGUUUUGCUAACAGCGAGACGCCUGUAUAUAUCUCAUGUAUAUUAGCUUUGUACCUGAUUGGUGCAUUUUAUGUUUCCUCCUAAAACACUCACUAGCUAGAAGAAGAAGUGGGUUUAAGUUGUUGCAUAUGCGUGCAACAAUAUAACCAAAGUGUUAUACGGAGUAGUAGUUAAUUUUGUGUGUUUCCCAUUUCCAUCCUCUGUUUGCAUAUCUGGUUCAUGUAAGGUGAGUUCGUCUUGUAUAAGAAGUUGAGAUGAUGAUUCAUCA